CUUACCGUUUAAAAACGCGUGCGUGUGCGCGACCCCGUGAUCCAAUUCUCGGCUUGCACAAAAUGGGCGGUACCGCUUCACCAAUCCCUGUGAGCUCGACUUGCUGCGGUGAAGGAUUUCGUUCUGUGGCGGACACUCGGGGCUUUGAGCCACGACGGCACGGACGCAACGAGGCUGGUGUAAAAAUCCCACAGCGCCUCGUCCACACGCUGGAAGAAGCUGCCUCAAAGAUUGAGAGUCUACAAGAACCAUCUCACGAGGACUGCUAGGCCCCUGCCGACUGCAAACCAGUGAUGGAUGAUGGACUAUUUUAGAUGAUCACCGUCUCACUACUGCCUCUGACUGAGUGACUGGCUAGCUGAAUGCUAACGGAUCCUUAUACGACAAACACUUUCUUUCACUUUCAAGUUUAUUGUGAUUCUGUUGAACCAUGGGGGGAACAAGUUACGGCUACUACCGUGUGACCAUCUUCUUCUCCAUGUUCACUGGCUACAUGCUGUACGUCUUCAAUAGAAAGACGUUCUCCUUUGUCAUGCCCUCAGUGAUGGAUGAAAUUAAGCUGGACAAAGAUGAUUUGGGUCUGAUCACCAGCAGCCAGACCGUGUCCUACGCUAUCAGUAAAUUCAUCAGCGGCGUGUUGUCAGACCAGAUUAGCGCCCGCUGGCUUUUCUCCAUUGGCCUCUUUGUGGUGGGAGGCAUCAACGUGGUUUUCUCGUGGUCCUCCACGGUCUCCAUGUUCUCACUGCUGUGGUUCAUUAACGGGCUGGGGCAAGGUUGUGGAUGGCCACCGUGUGGAAAGGUGCUCCGCAAGUGGUUUGAACCGUCCCAGUUUGGAACAUGGUGGUCUGUGCUGUCCUGCAGCAUGAACCUGGCAGGGAGUCUGGGCCCAAUCCUGGUUACAGUGCUCCUUCACUACUACGACUGGAGGACCAUCCUAGCUAUGUCGGGUGUCUUCUGCGCUGCCUUUUCACUAGUGACUCUGGUCUUUGUGAGGAAUGAGCCAAAGGACGUGGGCCUGCCUGCUAUUGAGUCGGCACCCAAGAAGGGGGCAAUGAGAUGCAGCAGUGAGAGCACCUUGAGGGAGUUCCUUCUCUCCCCAUUCCUUUGGGUGCUGUCUCUGAGCUACUUGGUGGUGUUUGGGGUCAAAACAGCAGCGACUGACUGGGGCCAGCUUUUCCUCAUGCAGGAGAAGGGCCAGACUGCCCUUAUGGGUAGUACUUACAUGAGUGCCUUGGAGGUGGGCGGCUUUGUGGGCAGCCUUGCAGCUGGUUUAAUCUCUGACAGAGCCGUUGCUCGAUCAGGCUUGGGUACACAUGGCAACCCUCGCCAUGGCCUGCUCAUUGCCAUGAUGGCCGCUAUGUACGUGACCAUGUACCUCUUCAGGGUCACGCUCAAACCUGAAAUCCCAAAGGAGGCUCCUCUUUGGGUCCAAGUCAUCCAUCCUGUCUCUGUGCUUCUCGGCGUCCCAGAAAAAGAGAUCUGGAUUCUCUUUCUUGGUGCCAUGUUUGGAUUUUCCUCUUACGGGCCAAUAGCCUUGUUUGGUGUCAUCACGAGUGAAAGCGCUCCUUCCAAUUUUUGCGGAACCUCGCACGCUAUUGUAGCGCUAAUGGCUAACGUGGGGGCUUUUGUGGCUGGACUUCCCUUCAGCACUAUUGCCAAACAACACAGCUGGGACAUGGCAUUCUGGGUUGCUGAGGUCUCAUUGGCUGUCACCACAGUUUUGUUCUUCUUCAUACGGAAUAUGCGCACCAAGAUGGGAAGAAGAGAAAAAAUGGACUGAUCUGCGCUCUUCUCAAUAGUGGCUCUGGUGUUAACGGUCUUGCAUAAAUAAUCCUGAUGAAAAUUAUUACCAAACAAGCGCAGUGUCCAAAAGAUACUAAUUUAGUCGUUGAUACUCAGGGACGCAUCGGGUCAGGGUCACCUGACCCUACAACACUACCACCGUCAGCCACAUGUCCUCUUGUUCAAUGCCAUUGACCAGUGGCAUCACAAAUAUUCCUCUGGAUGAAUGGACAACAAUGUCCGAAUACAUACAGAAAGUCUUCCCGGAAAAAAAUGUACUUUUAUUAUAUAUUUAUCAAAGCAGUAAUUUAAAAUGCCAUAUGAUAGCUAUAUGCUUUAUAGAAUCUUCUUCUUCUUUCGGCUUGUCCCGUUAGGGGUCGCCACAGCGUGUCAUCUUUUGCCAU